AUGGCGCGCGAGAUUGCGCGGAAGGAGCGGGAGCGCCUCAAGGCGCAGGACAAGCUGCGGCGGGAGCAGCUGGAGGUGAUGCGGACGACGCAGAACACUGACGCCGCCAAGGGCGAGGCGGAGCGCGGCCGCAGGCGCCUGCAGUUCCUGCUCAAGCAGGCGGAGGUGUUCCAGCACUUUGCGCCCAAGGCGGCCGCGGGCGAGGAGAAGAAGAAGAAGCGGGGCCGCCACGCGGCCGGGUACACCGAGGAGCAGGAGGAUGAGGAGCUGCUGCGCGACGAGGAGGGCGGCGGCGAGGGGGCGGGGCACCGCCUGCAGGUGCAGCCCAGCGUGAUCUCGGGAGGAAAGAUGCGCGAGUACCAGCUGCAGGGCCUCAACUGGCUCAUCCACCUGUACGACAACGGCAUCAACGGCAUCCUGGCAGACGAGAUGGGCCUGGGCAAGACGCUGCAGACCAUAUCCCUGCUGGGCUACCUGCGCGAGUUCCGCGGCAUCACUGGGCCCCACAUGGUCAUCGUGCCCAAGUCCACGCUGCACAACUGGCUCAACGAGUUCAAGCGCUGGUGCCCCGUCAUCAAGGCGGUCAAGUUCCACGGCAACAGGGAGGAGCGGGAGAACCAGAAGAACGGCAUCUGCCAGCCCGGCAAGUUUGACGUGGUGGUCACCUCCUACGAGAUGGUCAUCAAGGAAAAGAACCACUGGCGCAAGUUCCACUGGCGGUACAUCAUCAUCGACGAGGCGCACCGCAUCAAGAACGAGAACUCGCGCCUGUCCCAGGUGGUGCGCCUGCUGAAGACCAACUACCGCAUGCUCAUCACUGGCACGCCGCUGCAGAACAACCUGCACGAGCUGUGGGCGCUGCUCAACUUCCUGCUUCCAGAGGUCUUCUCCUCAGCCGAGAAGUUUGACGAGUGGUUCCAGAUGGGCGACAGCAAGGAGGGGGAGGCGGAGGUGGUGCAGCAGCUGCACAAGGUGCUGCGCCCCUUCCUGCUGCGCCGCCUGAAGAGCGACGUGGAGAAGAGCCUGCCGCCCAAGAAGGAAACCAUCCUCAAGAUUGGCAUGAGCGAGAUGCAGCGCAAGUACUAUGCGGCCCUGCUGCAAAAGGACAUGGAUGCGGUGACGGGCGGCGCCGACCGCUCCCGCCUGCUCAACAUCGUCAUGCAGCUGCGCAAGUGCUGCAACCACCCUUACCUGUUCCAGGGCGCGGAGCCGGGCCCGCCCUACCUCACAGGGGACCAUCUGGUCGAGAAUGCGGGCAAGAUGGUGCUGCUGGACAAGCUGCUGCCCAAGCUGCAGAGCCGCGGCUCGCGCGUGCUCAUCUUCUCGCAGAUGACGCGUAUGAUCGACAUCCUGGAGGAUUACUGCCUGUACCGCCAGUACGGCUACUGCCGCAUCGACGGUAACACCAGCGGGGAGGACCGGGAGUCGCAGAUCGAUGACUACAACAAGGCGAGUGGUGGCAGGUUUGUCUUCCUGCUGUCCACCCGCGCCGGCGGCCUGGGCAUCAACCUGUACACUGCAGACAUCGUCAUUCUGUACGACUCGGACUGGAACCCGCAGAUGGACCUGCAGGCCAUGGACCGGGCGCACCGCAUUGGGCAGAAGAAGGAGGUGCAGGUGUUCCGCUUCUGCACAGACCACUCCAUCGAGGAGAAGGCGACAUGUGUGAUUGAGAAGGCGUACAAGAAGCUGCGCCUGGAUGCGCUGGUAAUCCAGCAGGGCCGCCUGGUGGAGAACACCAAGAGCGUGAACAAAGAGGACCUGCUCAGCAUGGUGCGGUACGGCGCCGAGCGCGUCUUCUCCUCAGAGGCCGCCAACAUCACAGAUGAGGACGUGGAUGCGCUGAUCGCCAAGGGCGAGGCCGCCACCAAGGAGCUGAACGACAAGCUGCAGAACUUCUCCAACGAUGCCAUGAAGUUCACCAUGGAUGGAGGCAUCUCGGCCUACGAGUUUGCCGAGGACAAGGAGGGGGCGGAGGAUGGCGACGCCGACCUGGCCAAGAUUGAGCAGCUCAAGGCGCUGAUGGGCGCCAACUGGGUGGAUCCGCCCAAGCGCGAGCGCAAGCGCGUGGCCAGCUACGCAGAGAACGAGUUCUACCGCAUGGCGCUGCAGAAGCGGGAGUACGGGCCGCGCAACACGGGGCCCAAGCUGCCAAAGAUGCCCGCACUGCAGGACUUCCAGUUCUUCAACGUCGCCCGCCUCACCGAGCUGUACGAGAAGGACAACACAUAUGAGGUGCACAAGCAUGCGCAGGCGCAGCGCGAGGACACCAUGCGCAAGCAGGGCGCCAGCGACGAGACCAUUGCGGCGGAGAUGGCGCCCAAGGAGGACGACCCGCAGCCGCUGUCGGAGGAGGAGUUGGCGGAGCGCGACGCGCUGCUGGGGGAGGGCUUCUCCAACUGGAUGCGCCGCGACUUCAAUGCCUUUGUGCGCGCCUGCGAGAAGUACGGGCGCGCCAGCCUGGCAGACAUCGCGCGAGACAUCGAGACCAAGAGCGAGGAGGAGGUGCGCGCGUAUGCCAAGGUGUUUUGGGAGCGGUACACCGAGAUCAACGACCACGAGAAGUACAUCAAGAACAUUGAGCGCGGCGAGCAGCGCAUCCAGCGGCAGCAGGACAUCAUGCAGGCCAUCGCCACCAAGCUGGAGAAGUACAAGAACCCGUGGCAGGAGCUCAAGAUCCAGUACGGUCCCGCCAAGGGCAAGGCGUACACCGAAGAGGAGGACCGCUUCCUGGUGUGCAUGAUGCACAAGCUGGGGUAUGGCGCGUGGGACGAGCUCAAGGCGGAGAUCCGCAACCACUGGCGCUUCCGCUUCGACUGGUUCUUCAAGAGCCGCACGCCUCAGGAGCUGUCGCGGCGCUGCGAGACCCUUAUCCGCCUGAUUGAGAAGGAGAACGAGGAGGACGACGCGACGGCGGGAGCCAAGAAGGCGCGCGGCCCCAAGAAGGCCGGCGGCGGCGACAGCCAGGCGCCCUCGGAGAGCGGGCGCGGCGGCAAGCGCAAGGCCGACAGCUCCGGCGUGCCCUCCGCCGCCAAGCGCAGCAAGGACAUCACGGCAUGAGGACGCCAGCUGCAGCUGGCAGCGCUGCCCAAGCCACGCACCUGACUCAGACCUAGCACAUAGCAAGCGCCGGUGCAGCGGCACCUGGCGAGGAGGCGGCGGGCCGCCUCAGCGGCUGUCCGCCGGCGCUUCGCCAAUGAAUGUGGGCACGGCUCUCCAGCCGUGCCCCAUCUGUUCUCCCUGUCUGCUUCCCUCUGCGGCCCCCUUCCGCGGGGCCACCCAUGUUUGUUUGAUUGCUGACAAUGAAGCGCUGCCUGCCUGCUUCCGCACACGAGUUGACAGCAGCCCCGCAGAGGCACACCCGCUGUAGCACUAGCAGCACCCCGCUGUAGCAUUUGCCUUCUGUAAACUAACUUGCAUAGC